UGUUUGUUGAUGAUGAUCUACCUCCCCAACUAGAACAGGAGCUACACGAGCUACACAAAAGCAAGGAUUUGUUUUUAUUGCUAUGUCCCCAUCAGGGAAACAGUGCUUUUCAAAGAAUAGGAAUUAGUGAACUUAACUCAGAGAGGUCCAUCUCUGAUGGCUUCUAAGGAAAACUCUUAUUCUGUCCCUUCAGCUUUCAGUAUAAAGACCUUGUGAUGCCCAUGGACUUGGAAAAGGAGGACCGCAUCAGGACUAUGAGGUUGACAAGCUGUGCCUGCACAGCAGCAACUUGUGUUUAAAUAGAGGACACAAAGACUUUGCUGGGUUCUCAUGAUUUGGGUUAUGGAUUUGGAGCACGUGAAAUAACAAAACAUCUUGUACAUACCUAGACCCAAGUCAAUGGAAAGAGUCAACCAGACCAGUAGUGUCUCUGAGUUUAUUCUCCUGGGACUGUCCUCCCGGCCCGAGGACCAGACGCCACUCUUUAUCCUGUUCCUCAUCAUAUACCUCAUCACUAUAACAGGGAACCUGCUCAUCAUUUUGGCCAUCCACUCUGACCCUCAACUCCAGACCCCCAUGUAUUUCUUCUUGAGUUUCCUGUCUUUCACUGACAUUUGCUUCACAACAACCAUCGUCCCCAGGAUGCUAGUUAACUUCCUGUCGAAGAAGACCAUCUCCUACAGUGGGUGUCUGACUCAGAUGUAUUUUAUUUAUGCUCUGGGCAAUACUGACAGCUUCCUCCUAGCAGUCAUGGCCUUUGACCGCUAUGUGGCCAUCUGUGAUCCCUUCCACUAUGUCACCAUCAUGAGCCAUCACCGUUGUGUCCUGCUGGUGGCCUUUUCCUGUUCAUUUACUCAUGUCCACUCUCUCCUACACACUCUUCUGCUGAAUCAUCUCACCUUCUGUGACUCCAAUGUUAUCCAUCACUUUCUCUGUGACCUGAGCCCUCUGAUGAAACUGUCCUGCUCCUCCACAUUUGUCAAUGAAAUUGUGAUAAUGACAGAAGGACCUAUUGUUCUGGUGACCCCUUUUCUAUGCAUUACCUUUUCUUACAUGAGAAUCCUCAUCGCAGUUCUCAAAAUCCCCUCAGCAGCUGGGAAACGCAAAGCCUUCUCCACUUGUGGUUCUCACCUCACUGUGGUAAUACUCUUUUAUGGAAGCAUCUUUUAUGUCUAUUUACAGCCCCUCUCCACCUACACUGUCCAGGACCACCUGGCAACACUUGUCUACACAGUUUUGUCCUCCAUGCUGAAUCCUUUUAUCUAUAGUCUGAGGAACAAAGACCUGAAACAGGGCCUGAGGAAGCUGAUGGGCAAGAGGAAAUCCCAGCAGGCACCCUCUUGACAGACCCACUGGGAUCUGCUGGUUGCUACUGGCUCUCAGUGAAGAGUCAGACUGUUGGAGAUUAGCAUUGUUAACCCAUGUGUGACAAGGCUGUUACAUACACUGAUGGCAACCCCACCCACUGGCCCUGCCUCAGCUUAAAUCACAGUAUCUUUCCUCAUUAUUCCUCUACUCCCCUACAAACAUUCAUUACUUUCUCAUCUUCCAACUACUAUUUUAACUAUUUUCCUAAAAAUACUUCCUGAACAAAUUUCUUUCUUUUUAUUAAGACA